GCGGCGCAUGCCCAGUGAAUCCUCAAGCAAUGGCGGACAGUCGGUCAUCUUUGUCAAGAUGCGAUUUCCAAACAAGUAAACAAGGGAUGCAAAUGGAUGUCUGAAAAACCUCGCUGAAGACUAAUGUGUAAGGGAUAUUUCAUACAGCUACCUGGGGUCUUGGAAAGCCAGGUUUAGUGGUCAACAAAAAAACAUGCGUUCAUGGAUAAUGCUACUGGCACUGGCAGCCGUGGUGGUGGAAGAAGUCUGCGGUUUCUGCGCCUCGUCAAGAGUUCAGCAAGAGAUUACCGAAUUCGGCACGAUCGUUCGCUACUGCGAGUGGCGGGGGAUGCCUAUCUUACCGGGUAGUGUACUCUACGACAAGGAAAGUUGUCUGAAGGUGUCUUGUUCCGAAUUUGGCCUGAAAGCUUGCGGAUUCGGUAUUAACACAGGCACGAUGAGAGGUCCGGUUGGAUGUAGGGCCGUGUCCGACGGUUGUCAGGUCAGAUUCAUCCGCGCAGAUGACCCUACGCAGCAGUGCCAGUUACCAGACAAGUGACCAAAGUUCAGAGAGAAGGAACUACUUGAACUAUAUGCUAUUGAACUAUUUAAGGAAAAGGUUUUAUGCAGAAAUCUUGUUACCACCAAUGUGCAAUUAUUUUGGAUCAUCUUCUUUUGUGUGAUUAUGAACACAUAUUCAUGUAUUUCAUAGAAUCAAUUCAAAUAAAAAUUUGUCACAUUUUCACCUAAAGAAAAUAUGCGUUAUAAUAAAUCUGUUAAAGGAAAUCCUUAGCUAUUAAAUGUUAUACAGAUGUUUUGGUAAGAGCUAAUGCAUAACAUUAAGGGAUAAAAGGAUUAAGGGAUUCAUGAAAAGAACUUUAGAACAAAGAUCCCGGUUCUAAUAAUCCCUCUAUUUUAUUUAUAUUUUCCGCCAGGGGCCGGAAAUUUUCUGAAA